AUGCGAGUCUCCACAGAGAUCUUCAAUCUCGUCCACUGUGACGGUGCCUCCGCCGCCGAUCUAUGGGCGGCCCUUCGUCAGCUCUUCCAGGACAACGCCGAUGCUCGCGCCAACAAUCUCCACACCGAGCUUCGGAAUACGGUGCAAGGUGAUUCACCAGUCAGCGUCUACUGCCAACGCCUCAAGGCGAUCGCGGAUGAACUCCGCGAACUUGGUGAUGCGAUCGAUGAUCGCCAGCUCAUCAACGUCCUCCUCGUCGGCGUCAGCGAGCGGUUCGAGAAGCAGGCCUCCUUCAUCCCUAUGAUGCGUCCGCGUCCCUCCUUCGCCGAGGUUCGCUCGAUGCUCCAAUGGGCCGAUCGUGCCCUAACUACGAAGGACUCCCAUCCUUAG